ACUGUACUCGCGAAUUUCAAACGGCCCACGACACUAAGAAGAAGAUUGUUUACAGUGUGUGAGAACUUUUGAGGGAAUAUUUUUGGGAUCUCGAAAUUGUUCACAACAUUGCUGGUUCAUGUGCGUUAAUCUUAAGCAGCCAAGUUUUACCAGAGAGAAACUGCGGAUUUUCGACCGUCGGCUUGCCCAAGAAUGAACAAGAGGAAAGACCGAAUUUUGAGAUCAAAGGCAACAAUGCCGCUUGAUCAGAUUCAUCAUGAUAGCACCAGCAAUGCUAUGAACAUGGGAGUAAAGAGACAUGGCGGAGUUCUCAUCGACCCCUCACUCAAGCGCAGAGCUGCAUUUGGAGACAUCACAAACGCUGUGAAAGAGAACCAAGGUGGAAAAGAUGGACAGAAGAAAAAAACAAGUUCCAGCCAGAAGGGGCUGAAAGCAAGUCAGGGGAAGAUACCGGUCGUGGAGAAGUCUCGACCAAAGCUUCAGCCAGUCACAGAAGACAAAGAGAACAGUUCCAGCUCUGAAGAAGAAGUCAUCACUUUGUCUCAAGAGGUUCUGUCAUCACAAGACUUUUCCUCACAGAGUUCAGGGUCGAGUGAAGCAAGCAAGCACCAGAGAUCCAUAUCUGAGGAGAUUGAUGAGCUGGAGCUGCUGCUGGAGGAGGAGCAGAUUGAUGAUAUUGACAAGGAGAACCUCGGAGACCCUGCACAAGCCGCUGUGUAUGCUAAGGACAUCUUUGAAUAUUACAAAGAGAGAGAGCUGAAGUUCAACAUCGACCAGUACAUGUCUCGACAGCCCCACCUGACUCCCAACAUGCGGAGUAUCCUGGUGGACUGGCUGGUGGAGGUUCAGGAGAACUUCGAGCUGAACCACGAGACCCUGUACCUCGCCGUCAAGCUGGUGGACACCUACCUGUCACGCAAACAGAUCCUCAAGGAAGUACUGCAGCUGGUUGGGGCUGUGUCACUCUUCGUGGCUUGUAAAUUUGACGAGCGCUGCCCACCCCUCAUUGAGGACUUCCUGUACAUCUGUGACGAUGCCUACACUCGCCAGGAGUUUAUUCAGAUGGAGAUGAACAUCCUUCGCAUCGUUGGCUUCGACCUUGGCAUGCCCCUAUCCUACAGAUUCCUCAGGAGAUAUGCAAAGUGUGCACGCGCUGCAAUGGAGACUCUAACCCUGGCUCGCUACAUCCUGGAGAUGUCCCUGAUGGAGUACAGCCUACUGUCAGUGAAGGAGUCCAAGCUGGCCGCGGCCACUCUCUACCUCGCUCUCAGCAUGAAGAAGGAAGGAACAUGGACUCGGACCAUGGUUCACUUCACUGGCUACGAGGUGUCGGAGAUUAGAGACCUCAGCAGACAACUGAACACUGUGAUCAAGUCUCCUCCAAACAAACAGCUCACAACCAUCAGGUCAAAGUAUGCACACAAAGUUUUCUACGAGGUUGCCAAAACUACCACAAUAGACAACGACGACUUAUAGUUUCACCAGUGGAAGGUGUUUUAUCCGUGGCAGCAUGUGUGUUAUGUAUUACAGCAAGUGUCAAUCAUGAACACUGUUCUCUGUGCUCUGUACACACCUCCUGGUGGCCCACAUUGAAAUUGACAAUGAUAUCGCCAGUUGACGCCCCCCUAAUGUGUUGUGAAGGCAGCUGAUGGACGUACAUUGAAAAGGACCACAGCCAAGCACCACCGCUCGGCAUCCUGUUGAACCAUAUCGAUUGGAACUAGUUGAUAUGAAUGGCUGAAUAUUUUUUAUUUGCAUUGUUAAAUAUUUAUUGUUUUUUCACGGUGCCUUAGAAAGAUUAAAAUUUCAAUAAUAAUUUAGAAUUAGAACCCACAUGACAAAUUAGAAUGAUUAGAAUGAUCAGGCGUAAAGUAUUUUCAUUAAGAUAUUAGUAUUAUAUUAGACUUAUUUACUCCUAGGUGAUAAAAUUAUAAGUAUAAUGUUUUGGGCUUUAAGAGGUUCAGUUCAGAGAUAAUAGUGAUUCUAUUUUGCAAGAAGUAAUGAGUUUAGUUGACGACAGGUGUAACUUGUACAGAGACAAUGAUAUGUACAUAAUGUCUAUCCAAAUCAAGCAUGAUAUGUCGGACUGAGAGGAAAUAAGGAAUCAGGAAUAAUACCUCAGAUAUUCAACAAAGCUAUGGGACACACUCAGUGUUGUAUAGGACACUCGUUACCUCCCUGCUUGUACAGUUUUUACAACAGCAUCGUAAUGCUUUGUUAGAUAUUUUUAUCCCCUGUUUUAGGUUUAUUAUGUUAAGGAUGCAAUAUAUAUAUAGUUCUUCACUACACUGUUACAAUAUUGGAGCGUUGUGAAACGAAAUGAUGACAUGAAAUUAAAAGUCGUCAAAUUAAAUUAACAGCAUGCUUUUGACGUUUAAGUGAGCUGACCUGUCUCUGUAAAGAGUCUAUGGGAGAUGUUUGUCCUUGCAGGGAACCUACAUGGAAUCCUAAUAGUAAACUAUAGUUGAAUAUACAAUCACAACAGAACCUUGGAAUCAAGCAAUAUGCCAAACUUGACAUGAAAUUCCUGUAUCCAAAUUCAGCCUAUUUUUUACCCUGUAUGUGUGCGACAUGACAUGUGUUUGUGACUGUCUUUUCAUUCAUCUUUCUGCCUCUUCUCUCUCUCUCUCUCUCUGUCUGUGCUGUCCUUGCCUCAACUGCUCUGUAGGAAGUCUACUGGACAGAUUCACUGAAUACUUACAAUAGUAGGAACAUGCAUCUCAAAUCGGCAAUCUCAUUAAAUCAGAUUUUUACUCUGAUGCAAUACCUCUUUCACUGGACUUUGUAAUGGGCCAAUCAGUGUCAAGGCUUCCUAAAUCUUGAAAAUGAAUGUGACCGGGAAGCUCCAAAUGCAAAAUAAUAAAGCUGCAUUCUUAUAUUGUUGUGGAAAACUAUACAUCCAAUUCUUCCGGAGAUCCAUGGCAUCUACACUAACAAGAGUGUACUAGCAAGGGUAUAAUUGAGUGGGUUUACUUUUGCUAAGAUCAAAAUUUCCAAAUCCUGGGCCCACUUGCACAAAGCAAUCUUAGCACUAAGAUGAUCGUAACUGCCAUAUUAACAUAGGCUUGCGGUAAUCUUAGCGCUAAGAUGGCUUGUGCAAGUGGGCCCAGUAGGUCAAGAAAUGAAUCCAAAUCAUUCUUCAAAACUAACCUUGGAUCAGCUCAAGAAAGCACUCAUUCAGAGAGUUGUGUAUAUCUGACUGGGCCAUCUCCUGUGGGGGGUUACCUCAGAUCGUCAAGCAGACGGGUGUCAUAUCAGAGUGAAAGGUCUGAUUUUAAUGAGUUUGCCCUAAGUCAGGAAAGAGGUCAUUCAAAAGUUCUGCAUAUUUCAGUUCCAUUUAAUUCCUUGUGUACCAUUUAUGCUCGGUCAGUGCAUGAGGUGGUAGGGAAUGUUACUACCAUUAACAUUACCAUAGGGCAAUUGCAACUGCUUUUGGAUUAAACUUGCUUUCAUUGGACAUUGAUAUAACUUCAUGUGCAUAUUGUCGGAGUAAACUGGGCCGCUUCAUAUCAGCCUUGUGUAAAUUAACUGUAGGGCAACCCUCAUACUUCAUAUGUGUUAUGUAACAAAUAUUUUGUGAUGAGAAUUAUAACUGCAUCGCUGCCAACUGUUCCGAAUUUUUUCAUAUUUGUUACGAAUUAGCAACUCAAUACGAAAAUAUUAUUUCUUCCUUAAUUCAUAUCAAUAACAUGCCCAUCUAAGACAAAAUGUCACAUUGACUAAAUUUUCAUGAAAAUCCGUCAAGAGGGUAAUUAUUUUGCCUCACACCAUCUCCUACGAACACGGCGUUUAUCGACUGGCAUGAAGAGUUGCAUCUGUCCAUUUGAGGCACUCUACGCCUCAGAAGUUUCUUUAGUUGAAAUAGAACGGAUUAAUAAUUGACUUGAGAGGUCAAAAUCGAUAUGAAUAUCCCGCUCCAUAACCAGCACAAUAAGCAGUAUAUUCAGUAGGCACUGUCCAGUAGACUGUCCAUAUGUUCAAUACAAAUCUUAGUACUAAGACUUUUGUUUGGCUGUAUUACUGCUUCAUAAAUAUAGAAGUCUUAGCACUGAGAUGACUUGAUGAAGGGAAGUUUGAAAAAACAAUAUUUAUUGAGUAUUUUGUAGGAACCAUUUAAUCUUAGUAGUCUUUAGCUAGAAAGAAUUUGGUCUUGCUACCGUACCCAAUGUUUGUGGAGGCUGCAAGUACAAUGAUAAUACUUGAACCUGACUGUAGACCAGCACAAGGUGAUCUUAACACUAAGACUUGAAGAACCAAAUGUUACUCCAAAGGAUAGAGAAAUUAAAACAUAACUUACUAGAAGUGUGUCCAAAUGAUAAAAGGCACUAGUGCUAGGAUAGGAUUGUUGAAUUUUCACAUGGAUUUAUUUCAGCAAUUAGCUUAGGGACCUGUUAAAAGUGUCUGGUACAGCAGAGCAGCAGCAAAUAGAUGGUCCGGUAGAAGAGAAAUUGAAGAAUGGAAAAUAUUUCUUUUCUUUAAUCAGUCGAAGAGUUUAUUCAUUUCCACCUACAGAUUGCUUUCAUUACUUCAAUACAAAACCCACUGAUAAUUUUCAUUGCACAGUUUUGCAAUUUGGGUUGGAUCUGCAAACCAAGUAAUUAAAAAACAAUGUCUUAUUGUCCCAAAGCUUUAGGCAAUAGACCUUGGGAUCAUCCCAUUCUACCAGCUAUCUCUAUGCUCCACCCAUCAGAAGUCCUCUAUUUGAACAUAGACUUCAAGUAGUUGUACUGCAAAUAUCCUUUUGUGGAGCAGGGUCAUGAACGAAAGUGAGUGUGAUUGGUUGUCCUGUGAAUUCUAAUCAAAGCAUUUAUUAAAUCCUGUAUCCCUUUUUUAUAACAAUAUUUGUUCACUUAUGUGCCAUUGUUAAAAAAUGGAGUUGUAAAUGCUUUAGUUGUCAUCUGUGUGAAUGUUGUCUGUAAAAAAAAGUGAUAUACAAAUGUGCUAAUAGCUUAUCAUUAUCCAACUAAUUUGGUCUAACAACAAAAUUGUGACUUUUCUCAGAAUCACCAGUGAAAAAGAUGCCACAUCUAAGUAAUUCUUCAAAUCAUCAAACUUGUGCAAUCUUCAUCAUAUAUUUUUUAUAAUAUUUUCUAGUACAUUUGUAUGUUUGUCCUUUACUUUCACUGAAACAUGAUAUGCUAAGCAAUAUUUGCCAACAGUUUGCCUGAGUUGUUCAUACAAAACAGCUGAAAAUUGUCUAUAAUUGAGAAUAUUUUGCACAUUUAACUCCGUAUUUACAUUCUUUCUUACUUCGCAUCUAUUCCACUGUAUAUUUUCAGAAGAUGGUACAUUAAUCAUGAACAAGUGUAAUCCCUCGGUCUAGUCCUGUCAUGUAAAUCACAAAUUAUCAAAAGAAAUAAAGUAUCACAUCGUA